AUGGAACUGGAAAAAAGGAAAUAUAACCUGGUCUUUUUUGGAAUUGAGGAGUCUGGUAAACUAGAAGCGGAGAUGGUAGACUACAUAAAGGACAUAAUAAAAGAAACAGGAACACACAUAGAUAGUCAGGAAAUCAAAAACAUAUAUAGGAUCGGCAAAAACAACAAUAAAAGUCGCCCUGUCGUAGUCACCUUAACGUCUUUAUGGAAAAAACAUACCAUAUUGAAAAACAAGGCUAAUCUCCCACCAGGUAUUAAUGUCAAGGAGGAUUACACUAAGGAAGUACUUGAAAAGCGGAAGAAGCUACAACCACAACUAGAAGAGGAAAGGAAGAAAGGAAAUAUCGCUUAUCUUAAUAUGACAAACUUA